UUAAUGAUCGUUUUUUGGGGUGUUUAGUAUCUGCAUGCGAAAUGUUUGGAUGGUUGCAAGGGGUGGGUAGUAUACCAAACUAACGGCAAGGUUGCCACGAGCUGACAGGUAUCAGCCAUCGAGGAACCACGAGAUCUUGGCUUGUCAUAUCUGAGAUGGAGGCCAGAAAGAUGUAAAAGAACUGAGUUGUUCCACGAAUCAAAACAUGAGCCAAGAUAGUAAAAACGGGGAUAACUAUCAUUUUCAGAUAUUAAUUAUAUUUUUAAUAAUUUAAAAGCCCAUCUAAGACGGUAAUAGAGGGAGAAAAAUCUUGGCUAAUAUAAAAUAUUUUGAUAUCUUAUCAACCGACAUUCUGGGGCAUAUAAGUUUGUAAAGGAUGUUUUAUAGAUACCGUAACAUCGAGUGCAUGAUAUUGAUACAAAUUGAUGUCUCGUCUAAGAAGAAAACCUUGGUUGGUUUACCCUGAUAUGUGAAGCUGAUUGGGUUUAAUGCUUCGGUAAGCACAUUACUGUUUCUCAUUUUAGGACUUGCCUGGUAAAUGUUCUCUGGCAUUGGUGGAAUCUUUGACUUUACCAGUUAGAUAAUUAAUUUUGUAUGCACAUCCACUAGCUUCUAGAUCUUGUGUUGCAUGGCUUGUCUAGAAUUCAUGGUGCUUUGCAAUUCUGACAUCUUCAUAGAUUUCAAUGUUUUUCUUCUUUCUUACAAUAUUUCUUAUUCUUUUUCUAAAUAAAAUCUGAGUUCUCAGCAAUGAACUUUGGGACUGAUCAACUAUAAUAUGUGAUGCAGGUGGCAAUUUGUGGGCUUCCAUUCCAUCCAAUCAGCUCGGAAGUCAUUGGAGGAGUAGGUGGAACGUGUGUUAUACGUGGCUGUGUUCCUAAAAAGAUAUUGGUCUAUGCGGCCUCAUUUCGAGGUGAAUUUGAGGAUGCAAGAAAUUUUGGAUGGGAACUUAAUGAGCAAAUUGACUUCAACUGGAAAAAGCUUUUGCACAACAAGACUCAGGAAAUAAUUAGGUUAAAUGGUGUAUACAAGAGAUUAUUGUCCAGUGCUGGUGUCACAAUGCUUGAAGGGGAGGGCAAGAUAAUUGGUGCUCAUGCAGUAGAAGUGACAAAACCUGAUGGUUCAAAGCAGCAGUAUUUGGCAAGACAUAUCUUGAUUGCAACUGGUGGUCCGGCUCAGCGUGUAAAUAUUCCAGGAAAGGAGUUGGCAAUCACUUCUGAUGAGGCCUUGAGCUUGGAUGAACUACCCAAGCGAGCAGUGAUACUUGGUGGAGGAUACAUUGCUGUUGAAUUUGCAUCAAUAUGGCGAGGGAUGGGUGUUAUAGUGGAUUUAUUUUACCGAAAGGAACCUCCAUUAAGAGGUUUUGAUGAUGAAAUGAGGGCUGUUGUUGCAAGAAACCUUGAAGGCAGGGGAAUUAAAUUACACCCUGGGACAAAUUUGUCUGAGUUGAGUAAAACAGAAGAUGGCAUAAGAGUUCUGACUGACCAUGGAGAUGGAAUUAUGGCUGAUGUUGUUUUAUUUGCAACAGGUAGGAGUCCAAACGCAAAGAGGUUGAACUUGGAGGCUGUUGGUGUUGAGGUUGAUAAAACUGGAGCUAUAAAGGUUGAUGAGUAUUCUCGCUCUGUUCCCAGCAUAUGGGCUGUUGGUGAUGUUACAAACCGUAUGAACCUCACUUCUGUAGCAUUAAUGGAAGGAACUUGCUUUGCUAAAACUGCAUUUGGUGGACAGCCGACCAAACCUGAUUACAAUUUUGUACCUUGUGCUGUGUUCUGCAUACCUCCACUCUCUGCGGUAGGCCUCAGCGAACAGCAGGCUAUAGAGCAAACCAAGAGUGAUGUUCUGGUUUAUACAUCAAUGUUCAAUCCAAUGAAGAACACGAUCUCUGGAAGGCAAGAGCAAACAGUUAUGAAGCUGGUUGUUGAUUCGGAGACCGAUAAAGUACUGGGUGCAUCCAUGUGUGGUCCAGAUGCACCUGAGAUUAUGCAGGGUAUUGCUGUUGCACCCAAGUGUGGAGCCACUAAAUCACAAUUCGACAGCACAGUGGGAAUCCACCCCUCAGCUGCUGAAGAACUUGUAACAAUGAGGUCUCUGACAAGGCGUGUUGCUGCUGGAGGUAAACCAAAGGCGAACUUGUAAGGGUGAAUUUUCACCUCCAGAAGAGUUACACCUUCUAUUUUACUUGUCAUACAAAAACAACUUUACCUGCGGUCUGUUUUUUAGACCCCAUUUUUGCUGAUCCUGCCAGUUUCAUUUUGAGAUAUAUUUGUCAAGAAGUUUAAGGUCAUGCAUUACAAAGUUGCAGGAUUAA